GUGUCACAGGUAUUAGUAGUAACAUGUAUCUGUGGAUAACUUUCUCUUUGCUUUCUGGUCUGGUUGGUUGGUAGUGUUUGGAGUUAUAAAUUGAAUUCGGUAAAAAUGUUUCGUAACCAAUACGAUAGUGAUGUGACUGUGUGGAGCCCACAAGGUCGGCUUCAUCAAGUGGAGUAUGCAAUGGAGGCUGUGAAAUUGGGUUCUGCAACUGUGGGACUAAAGAGCAAUACUCACGCAGUAUUGAUAGCACUGAAACGUGCCUCUUCAGAGUUGUCAGCCCAUCAGAAGAAAAUUAUUCCCAUUGACACACAUAUUGGCAUUGCAAUUGCUGGCCUCACUGCUGAUGCAAGGAUACUUAGUCGUUACAUGAGAACUGAAUGUCUGAAUCAUAAAUAUUCCCAUGAUGCCUUAUUACCUGUUGGUCGAUUGAUAACAAACCUUGGAAACAAGAUGCAAAUAUGCACUCAGCGUUAUGACCGUCGACCAUAUGGUGUUGGACUCUUGGUAUCUGGUUAUGAUGACCAAGGUCCCCAUGUGUAUCAGACCUGUCCAUCAGCCAAUUAUUUUGACUGCAAAGCUAUGGCAGUGGGCUCUCGUUCCCAGAGUGCCCGCACAUACCUUGAGAAGCACCUCGAUGAGUUCCUAGAUUGUGACACAGACGAGUUGAUCAAGCAUGGUUUACGGGCACUUCGUGACACGUUGCCCAAUGAAGUUGAGCUCAACACUAAGAAUGUGUCAAUAGGGAUUGUGGGGAAGAACACUUCAUUUAAGGUGUUUGAUGAAGAAGGAACUGCUCAGUACCUAAGAAUGAUUGAAGGGGAAGAAAAACGUGGUGGACAGCCAGACACAACAGGCCAGGAUCCCACACCCCCACAACCUCCGCCAGGAGGAGAAGGUCCCCAGGACCCAAUUCCUGCAGUGGCUAUGGAGACAGAGUAACCAUCUUGCUAUCCACUUACAUUACCCUGUUGCUUCCUUUAUCUUUCCUGCUACUGACUAAAGAAUCCUGACCAUGGCCAUAUAGGAAGCUUCACCCUUCAUUCAUCUUGCUUGUGAUGGAGUUUGACUAUAAAUUGUUUUAUUUUCAUAAUUAUUUUGUGGCACAUUAACAUUUGUGGGUAUAUUUUAUUAAUUACCUGUCAUCUGAUUGAUAUGCAUAAUAGUAUGUUUAUAUUAUGUAAUCUCCUAGGUGUUAUACAUCAGUUUGUGUCAAAAUGUUUCAAAGGCAAUAGUCUCAUUGCAGAUAUUUGUACAUGAUCAAAUUCUUUAAAUAAUAAAUAUUUUCAACUAGUUCAAUGGCAAAUACAUUCUUGGUCUCAAAGUGUGCAGUUUGACUCCUGUUAAACGUAUUGAUUUUUCUUCUGAUGUCAAAAUAUAUUUAAAUUAUGCAACAAACUGGUGGAGUUAUUCUCAUAGUAUAUAAUUUAUUACAAUUUCAUUAGAUGUUACAUGGGCACAGUACUCUUGUAAGAAUACUUCAGUACUGAAGGAGUAUUUUGACUUGAUCUGUUUUUGCCUACAUUACUUAUCCUGUGUCAACAUUUGUUUUUUCAGUGUAUAAUGUUAGAAAUUUAUUGUAAUUCAACAGAUUUAAUUCAAGAAAAUAUAAACUGACCUUGGUGAAGGAACCAGUUUUCAUAAAAUGUAUAGUUGUAUCUAGCACAGUGCCAGUCAUGAAUUAAUUUUUUUAAAUUAUAUUCUUAGUGAUUAAUUUUUGUCUUGUCAUAAUAAAUAUUUGGUUCUGGGUAAGAAAGCCAUAAAGCAUAUCUAAUUCCUUCUGGCAUAAGCACUUCUUACCAGUUACUGAAGACAUGUAUUUCUGUUAUAGUUUAAGUGAAAUAAUUUAAAUCAUAAAAUUGUGUUCACGUUUUCUUGUGUUGAUAUUUAAAUUGUGGGAAGGCAGGAGUUAAUGUGAAAAUUUUCGAAGUAUACAAAUUCUGAAGAAGAGAGAAAAAAGAAAAAGAAAAAGAAAACUUGAAAUUCAUAAAAACGAUUGUUUGCGUUUAUUAGUCAAUAAUGCUGUAUUUUCUUCAACUCCAUUUUUUGAAUUAAGAUUUUAAUGUCUCAUUUCUUAGCCAUAAUGUGAAAUACAAUAUUAUAUACAUCAGAUGGAAGAAGUUGAUAAUUUUCUUCAUAUCUUACAUACUGUGCUGUAUGAAGAUGGAUUCAAGUUCUACUACAUUAUUUCAUUCACAUGUGCUGUAACUAAACUGCUUCUACACAGUACUUUGAUGAAAUCUGAGGUACUGAGAGGAAGCAUUUGCUCAGUAUUACUUUGUGAAGUGUUGUGAUAUAUAGCCAUGGUCUACUAUUACAAAACAACUAUUAUCAUGAUAAGGCAGGAUUGUAACUAGAAGGGAUGUAACCUAAUAGAGUGGAAGAAUUACAUACUAGAAAUAAAAUAUCUUUUCUAGUUAUAUAA